AUGCUAUGUCAACACGCGGCAUGUUCAGUAGAUCUACAAAAUCAGCUGACAUUAGUGGUACCAUGGGACAGGUUCAAAAGACGGAUCGGCCACAUUGUGUUUACAUUUCGAUGUCACAUUUCAACAAAGUAGGAUCACCUUCAAAAAGCGCCAACAUCUGACAAUCUGAGAGGAAUCAAAACUCUUCAGCACCAUGCCGUUCAAGUAUGGGAACACGAUGCGGCGGAACCGAGGCGGCCCCUACAAGACAGCCCCCGCCACAGACCUGACAAGAUGGCGGUUGACAAACGUGAUAGGUCGACAGACUUGGGACUACAUUGAAGAUGGAGAAGUGCCGGAGCGAGAACAGACGCUCCUUGAGAAACACUCUCUUGGACUGGACACGGCCGACUUGGCCCCGUCCCUCCCCAAGGCGAAGUCCGCGAAGCAGUCGGCGUACAAUGGGGUCAAGUUCUACUCGGCAAUACAGGCGGAAGAUGGUCACUGGGCGGGGGAUUACGGGGGACCUCUCUUCCUCAUGCCAGGUUUAGUGAUCACCUGCUACAUCACCAACACCCCCUUCACGGAGCAGCAGAGACUGGAGAUGAUCCGCUACCUGCGUUCCGUCCUCUGUCCUGACGGGGGGUGGGGACUCCACAUCGAGGGGCCGCCGACAGUGUUUGGGUGUGCGCUUAACUACACGGUGAUGCGACUCCUGGGGGUUCCGCCCAACGACCCUGACCUUGUCACUGCCAGGAAUCUACUCCACGAACUUGGGGGAGCUGCUGCUAUUCCGUCGUGGGGCAAGUGCUGGUUGGCAGUCCUCAAUGUCUACAGCUGGGACGGACUACACUCUCUUUUCCCUGAGAUGUGGCUGCUGCCUGAGUGGAUCCCUGUCCACCCCUCCAAGCUAUGGUGCCACUGUAGGCAGGUAUAUCUGCCCAUGGCAUACUUCUAUGGAGAGAAGGUCAAGGCCAAGGAGACUGACCUCAUUCUGGCACUGAGAAAGGAGCUGUAUCCAUGUGACUACAACACAAUAGACUGGGCCGCCCAGAGAAACAACAUCAGCAAGGCCGACCUGUACACCCCCCACAGCUGGCUCCUCGACACCGCCUUCAUUUUCCUGGACUGGUAUGAGGUUGUCUACAGCUCCUCUCUGCGACAGAAGGCCCUGAACAUGUGUUACGAACACAUCUGUGCCGACGACAGUUUCACAAAGGGAAUCAGCAUCGGUCCAGUAUCCAAGGUGAUGCAGAUGCUGGUGCGAUGGUACAAGGAGGGCCCUCAGUGUAAGGCAUUCAUCCAGCACCAAGACAGGGUCAAGGAUUAUCUGUGGUUGGGUCUGGACGGGAUGAAGAUGAAUGGUACCAACGGCUCCCAGCUGUGGGAUGCCAGUUUUGCUGUUCAAGCCAUUCUUGAGACUGGUGCGGCAGACGUGAAGGAGUUCCAGCCAUGCCUGAAGAAGGUCCAUGACUUCCUGCGAGUGACGCAAGUCCCAGACAAUCCCCCGGACUACAGGAAGUACUACCGCCAAACGAACAAGGGAGGGUUUCCGUUCAGUACUGUAGACUGCGGCUGGAUUGUCUCGGACUGCACAGCCGAGGGGCUGAAAAGUGUCAUGUACCUGCAGGAACAGUGCGGCAUUCUGGGUAAACAUGUUCCCAAAGAGAGGCUGUACCAGGCCGUGGACGUGCUCCUGGACAUGCGGUGCGGUGAUGGGGGCUUCGCGAGCUACGAGACGAAGCGUGGCGGAACUCUGCUGGAGCUCCUCAACCCGUCGGAAGUGUUUGGGGACAUCAUGAUUGACUACACAUACGUGGAAUGUACGUCUGCCGUGAUGCAAGCUCUCAAACACUUCACUGACAAACACCCAGAGUAUCGGGCAGACGAAAUCCAGUUUGUGUUGGACGAUGGUCUGAGCUUUGUUCGUAACAAACAGAGGACUGAUGGAUCAUGGGAAGGGUCGUGGGGCGUCUGUUUCACGUACGGCGGAUGGUUCGGCUUGGAGGCGUUUGCGUGUAUGGGAUUCGGGUAUGACAAACACAAUGUGCCAACGGAGGUGAGGAGAGCGUGUGAAUUCUUUGUCAAGAAGCAGAAUUCCGAUGGAGGAUGGGGCGAGGACUUUGAGUCGUGUGAGGAGAGGAAGUACGUUGCCAGCAGGGAGUCCCAGGUCGUCAACACAUGCUGGGUGCUGCUUGGCCUCAUGGCGGUCAGAUACCCGGGGGUGGACGUGAUAGAGAAAGGGGUGCGACUACUGAUGGACCGACAACUGGACAAUGGAGACUGGCCGCAGGAGAACAUCAGUGGCGUGUUCAACAAAUCCUGCGCCAUCAGCUACACCAGCUACCGGAACAUCUUCCCCAUCUGGACGCUCGGGAGAUUCAGCAAGCUGUACCCUGGCAGCCAUCUUGCCAAGUCCUGAUACACACGUCACUGGAAGGAUUCCUGUACUUAAAUUCCUCGAAUCUUGGAACUUGCCAUGUGUUGGUCCGAGAAAUCUUUCUACAAUUAAGUUCCAAUCAUUUGAAAUUGGAGAAAAUGUUACAUUUUAAUUAAUGGGUGCACAGGUAUCACGCACAUCGAGACGCCCAACGCUAACACCGUAUUCGUGCGUGCGUGAUUCCCGUGCACCCUUUCGAGUUGAGUUGAUUGGUUCAACUGUGUCAUAUGGCCCUGUGACGCAGGGGUAG